AUGCCUACUACGACGACCUAUUUGGUUCGCGCAAAGGCUGCCUACAAAAAGACUCCUGGUCUGCUUGAACUCACUCCGACACACCUCCAAUGGACUGCAUCUGGAAAGCAGGCGCCAGACCUUCGUAUAUCGAAUGGAAAAGCAGCCUCCCUCUUCUGCAGCAAGGAAGGUUCGGCACAAGUGAAGCUCAAGCUAGGAUUAGUCGGUGACGAUGCAGGACAUACCUUCUUGUUCACGUCCUCGCAGGCGACUGCUGAGCGGGAGUCCUUCAAAAAGGAGCUCCAGACCAUCAUUUGGAACAAUCGUGCUUCAUCUGCCGCAACGCCCGCUGACUCAACAAUAUCUGGCUCUGUAACUCCGUUACAACAGGCCCUGCCAGGUCGAGUGGCUAUGAGUACCGCUCCAUCAGUUUCACGCGCGACUUCUGUUUCCAGUACAGGACGUGCCUCCUCGUCUGGCCCUGGUGGUCCUGCGGAAGACUUCCGAUUACGAAAGAAAGUGCUCUUGAAGAACGCUGAACUUGCCUCUUUGCACCGCGAGCUUGUAAUGUCCGGCCAAAUUACGGAAACUGAGUUCUGGGAAGGUCGCGAACAACUUUUACUUGCAGAAGCCUCGCAGGAAACUCAGAAGAGAGGAAGACCGGGUCAGCUCGUCGACCCUCGCCCAGAGACUGUUGCCGGAGGGGAUAUCAAGAUCGUCAUCACGCCGCAGCUCGUCCACGAUAUCUUUGAAGAAUAUCCUGUCGUUGCCAAGGCUUAUAACGAGACCGUUCCACGACAGCUUUCUGAAGCCGAGUUUUGGAAGCGAUAUUUCCAAUCAAAACUCUUCAAUAGACACCGGGCGUCUAUCCGUUCGUCUGCUGCUCAGCACGUCGUAAAGGAUGACCCAAUAUUUGAUAAAUACGUUGAGGAAGAAGACGACGGUUUGGAACCUCGCCGUCAACGUGACAAUGAUGUGGAGAUGCUUGUCAACCUGCUUGCUACACAAGAAGAUCACUCAGAGACAGGCAACCAAAAAGAUACUACAAUGCAAGCAGGAAAGACGCGGGCGGCUUUGCCUCUUAUCCGAAAGUUCAAUGAACAUUCGGAGAGGCUCUUGAAUGCUGCAGAAGGCAGUCCGACGAAGAGACGAAGAAUAGACGAAGCAAACGAGUCGUUAUAUGCACAAAUAGACUUAGACGAUUUACACGACUCGCAAUCCGCCGAUGGAAUUAUCCUGGAGAUGAAAGAUCGAGACCGGUACUUCGACGGUCGAGCAACAGGCAACUCAAUGGAUGUUGAUGGUGAAGGCCGACCACCCUACAAGGCAACGCUUUCGGAGACACGUAAUCAGAUGGAUAAUUGGAAUGUCGGCCUGGCUAGUCUGAGGAUUGACAAGAAGGCCGGGGAUGCAGCACUGCAGACCAUGACUCAGAAUGUACUGGCACGGCUUGACGUUAAGAUGCAGAAAAAUGACAUUCCGGAGGGACUUUUCUCACAGAUGCGCACAUGCCAAACGGCAGCAAACGAGUUCCUCCGUCAAUUCUGGUCGGCCGCGUUUCCGUCUCCGGCAGAUGGAAGCACGCUUGGAAUGGCUUCGCCUGCUCAGAGAGCGGCAAAGUCCGCGAAGAUGGCGGGAUAUCUCGCCAAGACUCCAGAGAAAAUAGACGCAAUCAUCGCGACGGCACGUAACUCAGGUGUUGACGCAGCAAAGAUCGAAGUGGCGAUGAAACCCGUGUUGACUGCAGUUGAGAAAGCAUUACAGUUCCAUCAGACUCGCAAGACACCUCGUUAAAGACAUUAUUGGCAUUAUACAUUUUCUUCCCUUCAGCAGUAAACAACUCUCCAUCAUCAAUCCUCAUCUCUCAGCAACGUAUUAUAUAAUAGUAUAUUGAAGACAUAGUGCUUGUAAUUUCUAUGAUUGCUUGAAAUAAUAUUACUUUUAGCUUGC